AAAAAAAAAAAAAGUAAAAUAUACCCUACCCUUAAAUAAUGGCACAGCUACCUAGUUUACGUUUUGUAAAUAACUAUAAUGUUGAGGGCUGGUUAUUGAACGUACAUACAUAUAAUGAACCUGAAGACACUAUGACAACGGCAAUAAGCAUCGUUGAUGCUGAUAAUAAUGGUAUACCUACAGAAAAUAUUCGUAAGAAUAGGCAUGGAAGACCCAGUUCAAUAACAUCCGAAGAUAGUAUUAGUUUAGAUGAACUAAUUAAAGCUAAUUUUACGGGUGACAUGGAUGAUGAAACUGAUUUACCCGAUCUUGCUAAUUUGGAUCUAGAUGAUUCUACUGAAGAGUUUUGGAAAUUGGAUAAUAGUGAUAUAAUUAGCUCUUUAGAUUCUGAAUUUGAUGACUUUUUAUCAUCAAAGGUAUAAAACUUUUAUAAAUUAUUAUGCAAGCUAAAUAUA